AUGAAGUGCGUUAUUGAAGGAAAUUGUGUGAAAGUUUUUGCUAAAGGUGUUCAUGCUCUGUCACGCAUCGGUGAGGAGAUUUGGUUGGACCCACUGGAGAAAGGGCUGGCUGUUAGGACAGUGAACAAGGCACAUUCUGCGUACGCUUGUUUCCUCUUCUCUCCCAUGUUCUUCCAGCAUUACUCCCCAACUUCAAACCAACAGGACAAUAAAUCUGUAAAAUGCAAAGUGUCUUUAAAGUCGGUGCUGCCCCUCUUUCGCAGCGUCACCACAUUAGAGCGCAGUGUGUACAGAUGUGAGAUAACUAUCAACAUCUUCGACAGCAGGGUGGUGUUCCAGUUUAAAUGCAGAAAUGGAAUAACCAAGACACAUAAUCUGGGGUAUCAAGAAUGUGAAGCACUCCAAGCAGUUUUUCCAGCUCACCUGUGUCCCAACAUUUUAAAGGCACACCCAAAACUUCUCAGUGACGCUGUGAUGCACUUCCCUGUCACACAAGAGGAGAUCACACUAUCGAUAUCACCCAGUAGGGUGAUACUGAAGAAUUACUUUGAUGAAGAAAUUGACCGUGUCAUGUAUACAGAGAUGUUUCUACAUCCAGAUGAGUUUGACUUCUUCCAUCUCAGAAUGGACUCUGAUAUAACCUUCUGUCUCAAAGAACUCCGGGGCUUGCUGACAUUUGCAGAGUCUUAUGGCCUACAAGUGUCUGUCCACUUUGGUUCAUCUGGAAAUCCGGUGUCAUUCAGAUUGGAGGAUAUGUUGCUGGAGGCUGUAGUAGUAUUGGCUACACUAAUGGAUCCAACAAGUGACAAUCAAUCCCAGGCUCAUAUUGCCCAGGAAGCUCCAGCACACAGUAUAGUGGGUGUCUCUAUACAUGAUGGUCCAGUAGAGGCAGAUGCUACUGAUGUAGCACUUCAAUGUACAGUUUCUUCAGUUGAGGAGAAGGUGGCCUCCAGCCAGGGAAGUCCCUUCUUCAGACCAGCCUUCCACAUGAAGAAGCUCAUGCAGCUAGUUGGGGGAGGAGAUGAUUUUCCAAAAUCCAGACAUUAUUUAAAUGGAGUGAGCUAUGGAUCUGCUUUGACCACUGCAGUAGCACCAGGCACUUUAAAGAUCAGUUCUCUGCUUUUUGGGGCUGUGGAGAAUGAUCAGGAGGAAGUCAACAAAUCAGAACUACCCACUUUAGUGUGUGCCAGUGACACUGAGGAUGAUGGUGGAGACAUUGGUAGCAGAAAGAAAGAAUGACAGACAAAAUAAACCGUAGAAGUGUAGAGGUGCUGGGAGAGAAUUUUUACUACAUUUUUGAAAAUGCUUUGAGAGUAGCGAUAGAGAGACUUUAAAAUUCUAUGUUACUAUAGGUUUAUUACUUGUGGUUUAUUGGAUUUUUAUUUAACAUAUGAUCUAUAUGCUAUACAAAAAGUAUAUAAACAGUUCUGUGCAAAAGUCUUGAGCGCCCCUCAUUUGUUCAUAUUUUGCUUCCAAUAGCCUUCCUUUCUUGUAUUUUUAAUGUAGUCUUAAGGAAGAGUUCUGCAGGCUUCCUGACUUUUUUGGAUUUCGUUUUCAGUCUUACUCAUGUCAUCAGCUGCCUUAUUUUGCUGUGGCGUUUUUUUCUUCUUCUUUUUUCUAUGACCUCAGUGUUGCCGAACCUAGACCUGACCAAAAGACUCAUCAGACCAC